AUGAAUAGUAUUCAAACGUCGUCUUUACAUUGGCUUGAAAUGUUUCCGGAUGAAAUUUUUCUUGAAAUCUUCAAAUAUGUAAAACCAAUCGAUCUUCAUAGUUUCAUAGGACACAAUCAACGAAUCAAUAAUAUUAUACGUGAUGUCAAAUUAAAUAUUAUCAUUGAAUUUCUUCACAAAGAAGACGAUUUAACUUAUCUAAUGAGUUUUCUUCCACAUCAAUUCAUUCAUUUAGAAUUAAAUAUUGCUUGGAAAGUAUUAGAUUUGCAUUCUUAUACGCGGUUACGUUCACUGAAAAUCAAUCAUUAUGGUCUUUCGAAAAGUGAACUCGAUCAUAUACUCACUGCUAAAUUGCCAUGUCUUGAGCAAUUUUCCAUUUGUAACCUUCCAUUUUUAGUCGAAAAUAAAUUUUUACAUGGUGUUCUUGACGACAAACAUUUUCCAUCACUUAAAAUGUGUCAAUUCUCUGGAAGUUAUUGUUACAUACUAAUACCUAACAAACAAUAUCAAUCAUUAAAUCUUACAAUUCGUACACUUGUCCUCAAUUUUCUAAAUCAAUCAGGAUUGAUUUCAUUACUCAAUAUUCUACCUAAUUUACGUCGAUUGGAAACAAGUUUUCCAGUAUCUAUUAGAGAAUCAGAAAAUUUCAACUUAAAUCACAUAUCACUUGAACAAUUACGAAUUGGUCUUGUAGAUCCAUCUAAUGAUCUCGAAAAAAUACUUCCAUAUAUACCUAAUCUAAAACAAUUGCGUGUCACAGGCAAAAUUAAUGAACAAUCGAUUUUAGAACAUUUUCAAAAAUUAACUAAAAUGUUUUGCAUGUAUACAUCUAAUCUAGAAAAAUUCGAUUGUGAAUUAUAUCAUUAUGGAUGCAAUAAACAAAUUGAUAUUUUUAUUAUUCAACAACUUCAUCCACUUUUCAAAAUGAUUCAAUGUCAUUCAGGAAAUAAUUUCGAGCAAUGUUACACGACUGAUCUAAUGGAAUUUCCAAUUUCGAAGCUGAUUACAUGUGAAUUUAGACCAAUUUCUUCAGACAUGCGAUCAAAAACAAAGCAUCUUGGAUAUUAUCCAGAAAUUAAUAAAUAUGAUAGCAUUCAGCAUCUUGACAAUGAUGGUGAUUGGGUUUGA